UCACUCCCAAAGGAUCCAUUUCUCACACCCUCCAAAAUUCAAAUACACGCACCUCUUCCGUCCUCAAGAGACUCCAUUAUUAUUUAGAAUUCCGACUCCGUUGUCAGGUAGAUCAGACUAUUGCAUCCAAGUCUUGUGUUGUAUUGUGGGCAAAAUAAUGGUGAAUUUCAUAAUUCCAUUCGGCUACGGGACCCACAUUUGCAGUCUUGCGGUCCGAAUUGAGCCCCAUCUCUUUGAGUGGUUGGGAUGGUAUUCGGGGAAAUUGCCAAAUUUUCUCUCUCCCACAACUCUCAACGAAUUGGGCUACAACGUAGACCGAGAGUAUCAGUCUCUCUCCUCUCUCGAUCAACUCGAUCUUCAAGAAAGCGUGCCCCAAUUCUACGCACGCUCUACACAACUUGUUAACGACAUUCUUGAGCACAAUCCCACCAAAGGUAGGUAA